AUGUCUAGAAAUAAAUCAACUACCACAUCUCAACUACUCAAAUCGAAGCUGACAUCACCAGAUCCGGUAGAUAAACAAACCAAGAAGAAGAAUUUAGUUAACUUACAAGACAUUGAAACAAUUCUUAAUGAACUUGAAACGAACGAUUCUGCCACUUUUGAUACUCUGGUAAGAAGAGUUUGUAAUUGUAUGGCAAGGAGACAUCCCUUGUUUGAAAUUGCACCAAACUGCUUAAAUUGUGGUAAGAUUAUCUGCACUAAAGAAGGAAUGCAACCAUGCUCAUUUUGUGGAGCAGAUAUAAUACCUGCAAAGGAUAAAGAUGCCAUAAUCAAAUUACUAGAACAAGAAAAACAAGAUUUGGCAAAUCGUAAACAGCAAGCAGAUGUACCAACCCAAAAGAAAACUAAAAAGAAAAUUGUUGUAAAAAUGAAUACAGGAGAGAAGUUCUGGGAAGCUCAAGAUAGGGCAUUCAAGUUGGCGGAGGAGGAACUUAGAAAGACUAGAGAAGCAGAAAGUAUUGCCAAGGAAGAACAAUCCCAAAAUCCAAAGAAAUCAGAUGCGGACUUAGAAAGGGCUAAAGAAAGAUUAGAAACAUUAUUGGACUAUCAAGCAACGGGUGCCGAAAGAACAAGAAUUAUAGAUAAUGCCUCUGAUUUUGAAAUGCCUUCACAAUCGCUUUGGUUGACUCCUGAAGAAAGAGCAUUAAAUCUUAAGAAACAGCAAAGAUUAAUGAGAGAAAAUCAAUUUAAUAGGGAUAGGAAAUCACGUGGAGAGCGUACCGUGGAAAUGUCAAUUAAAGAUGGUAAAGUAACCAUGAUUGAAAAGUUUGUAUCUCAUAAGGAAGAUAUAUCUACAGAUGAGAAACAAUUAGAGGAUACAAUCAAAGAAAAGAAACAACAAGCAGCAAAUGCUAAUGAUCUGAUAUGGGAUUACGAUAAGGAUAGACUUAAAUGGGAGAAGCCAAUUUAUUUUACUACUGGUGAUUCACCAAAGCCAAUUGAAAGUAACGAACUACAAAUAAAAAAUAGAGUUCAAUUUUCAAAGGAAGAUGCUUCCGAUUUGAUAGCUACGUUAAUUAAUUAG